AUGAAUCCUGAAUUAAUGCCUAAUGUAUGGAUUAAUACUACGCAAAAACGUAGACAAGUAGAAAAAAAAAGAAGAGAGAUUGAAAAAGAAUGUAGGGGUGGUCGAUUUUGGCGUCCAUUUACGUUUUAUUUUUGUGGAUUUGGCGGAGAAUUUGUAAAAGGGUUAUUUAGAAAUGAGUUAUUUGAGAAGGAAAAUAUGAAAAAGAAUGGAAAUACUUGGUGGAAUAGGUAUGAAGGACAAGAUAUUGUUUUAUUAGAAAAUUUUCAUAAGAAAGUUGGAUGGGAUAAUAUUGUAAAUAUAUUGAAUAAUACUGAGUAUAGUGUUGAAAUGAGAUACGGUAAAUUUGAAUAUUUUCUUGCAAAAUAUAUAUUUAUUACUGAUAUAAAAUUACCUCAAGAAACAUAUAAUUUUAAUGAUAAAGGUUGGGAGAAUUGGAGUCAAUUCGAAAGACGUCUUGAUUAUAUUAUUGAAUUUAAAGAUAAUAAGUUUAUAUUUCAUAAGGGUGAUAAGGAAAAAUUUUUAAAUAUGAAGGAAAGAUGUUUACAAAAAAUAUUGAUGAUGUUUAAGAAAUAUACGAAUAUAGAAAAAUUUCAAAAAAAAAAUCCUUUUUUUACUGUUUAUAUUUACGGUCCUCCUGGAAUUGGAAAGACCAAUUUUGUGGAAAAGGUAUUUGAAAGAUGUCAUAAAAAAUCUGAUAAAGGAAGAAAUGGUUCGAAUUGGUGGAAUGGAUAUAAAAAUCAAAAGAUUGUUUUGUUAGAAGAAAUAGAAACAAAGAUUGAUUGGAAUGAUUUAGUUAAUUUAUUGGAAGGAGAUAAGCAUGAGAUUAUUGAAAAGUUUGGAAUUUUUAAACCAUUUGUUGCAAAGUAUAUUUUUAUGACAAGUGUAAAAUCUUUAAAUGAAUCAUUAGAAUUUAAUGAUUUAUUUCAUAACUUGUAUCAAUUGAUCGAUUAUAUUAUUGAGUUUGAUAAUCAAGGAAAAGUUAAAGUUCAUAAAGGUGAUAAAGAAAAAUUUUUUAAUAUGGAAUGGGAUGUAGAAUGUAAUAAUAAUAGUUUUUCAAGAGAAAACAAAGAUUUUUUAAAAA